GGUCCCGCUGUUGUUUCUCCACCCACAACCUAUAGUCGUCAUCAUCACCACCUUAGCGAUUUCCUCUCCUGUUGUGGACACACAUUAAUCCUAAACAGAAGCCUCUUGUUUUUAAAGAUCACGCAACGAUGAUUUAUUAAAGAUUAAAUGCAGCCAACGGGUUUGUAGUCGGACUAUAAGCGGGACGGACCUUGCACAAUGUCAGCCAACGCUCAGGAUUUUGACUUUGGUGAAUAUGACAAACCCGGUAUCGAACGUUCCCGCAGGAGGAGAGGGGAGGAUGACGCUCUGGAGAGCGAUCUGGAAGAGGAUUUGUUGGAGGAGGAUUGGCUGUCUGGUAAAAAGAACACUUCAGAGGUAUCAGAUGAGGAACUAAACGAUGACCUCCUUCAAAGUGACGAUGAAGACCUAAACAUGACUGGCCAGGAUGCGAGCCUCGGCAUGGACGCAUCAUAUGACCAGCAGGGCAGCUCGCAGGAAGCGGACUACCCAGAUGACGUCGUGAACCUGGGUGCAGAGGGCUGCGAUGAGGAGGAGGAGGGGGGCGGGCACCAUCAAGAGGGGGAAGUGGUGUACACAGAGGGGUUCAGACAGGAAGACAACACAGAGAUGCCUGAAGAUUACGCUGGAGACCUAGCUGAGGAUGAUGAUGGUUACCAGGAUGAAGUGCUAGACAUCCAAAUCACAGAGCCCCUAGAUGGUGAAUUUCAAGAUGAAGACUAUCAAAGCUAUGGUGAUGAAGCUGGUGGUGGAGGUGAAGCUCCACUGGAGGAGGACACAGAGGAGGUGGGAGGAGAAAAGCAGCUAGGUGAAGAAGACACCAAUGAGGAAUCUCAUGUCUAUGACACAGAGGAGGGUGAAAACGACACUUUGCUUGAGGACAAGACAAAGGAAGAGUCGGAUGAAGAAGAAGAUGACGGCGAAGAUUCUGGCCGAAUACGGUUCAAGUCCGAGAGGAAAGAAGGCGUUGUCGUGCGACUGGCAGACGCAGGUCAAAGGAGGAACAUUCCCGAAACCCUCGAGCUGUCCGAGAAAGCCAAACGGGACUUGAUGGAGUUUGAGGAACAGGAACGGCAGAGGAGGCAAACCCGUUACGGAGGUCGAGGUAGAGGAGGGGGACGAGGGGGCCGAGGGAGAGGUGGUUUUCCGGGGUUUGGAAUGCCGAACUUUAGAGGACAAAGAAGAAAAAUGCAUGACCAAAUGCCCCCACUGAUGGGAAACAUGAUCAUGCAGCAGUCCUCCAGAAUGCCUCAUCCCCAUCAGCAACAAAUGCAGUCCCAUCAGCACCACCCUUCACAUCCGAGAGGACCACUUCCUCCCUUCCAGGAGCAUGGGCGCCCUCUUUCCCAGCAGCCCCUGCAGCCCCUCCUCCCCCCACACAUGGCUCAUCGCUCCCCACCACUGCGACCCCAAAUGGAACAACCACCACGAAUGAUGGGCUCCCCGCCACCCGCCUUCCCUCCCCAUCACCAGCAGCAGCAACAACCGCCGCCCCCACAGCCCAAAAACAUCCACAUUAACCCCCACUUCAGAGGGUCUGUGCAGUCCUCUGUGCAAGUGCCCUUGAUGCCUCCUGCUCAGAGCCAGUCCAGACCUGCUGUGGGUCCUCAGAGGUUUCCUGGAAUGGGAGAGUUCCAGCAGCACAUGCCAGGUAAUUUUGGUCCGCCCCAGCGGCCCCCUCAUUUCAUGGAGCCCUUGAAGACCCAGCCACCUCAAGGCCCCAGGGACAGAGAGCCCCAGUUUAUGGGAGAUCGUGGAGAUGCAGCACGGUUUCCAGCGCAGCACAUGUUUGAUCACCAGGUCCCCGGCUCUUUGAACAACAGCAACAGCCUCCACCAGCAGCAGCAGCAGCAGCUGCCUGGGCAGGGCCACUUGGGCUUCGGCCCGCCAGCGCCGCCCUUCAACCAGCCCAACCAGGGUCCACUAGGGCUGUUUCAGAGAGAACCCCCAAGACCCAACCUCCCUCCCCACCAAGGUCACCAGGGGAUGAUGAACUUGAAUCAACAAGGUGGCCCCCCUAACCAGCCCAGGCCUUUCAUGGGCCCUCGUCAGCCCUUCGGCCAGCAAGGAAACCUUUUCCCCCCACCACAAGUUCAAUUUGGGAUGCAGGUACGACUGAGAGGUUUGAUGCACGCCCCCCCUGUUCCCCAGCUCCCACAUCAUGACACAAUGUCUCCCCUUCCCUUGCACCAGCAGCAACACCACCACAGGCAAGACUUACCCCGUCAGCAACAGAUCAAUCUCGGCGAGUCUCGCCCCAUGACACACCACGGCCAGAAUCUAUUCCACCAACAGCACGGCAGCCCCAGGCAGAUGACUCCCCGCCCUCAGAACCCCCAACAGCGCAACAUGUCAAACAGGCAGCGAAUGAACACACCUAUUUCCAAGCAAAUGCAGCAGCGCAAUAGCAACCUGCGGGAGCUCCCCGUAGCACCUGCUAACACAAACAUGAACAACACCCGCCCCACCCCAACCCCCGCCUCCCAAGCUGCCAACAUCAGGCCCGUUGCCAGGGCAACGUUGGGGACGCGUCCGGGGCAGAAUGCGCAGCCGACGUCUGGCGGCGGCAGAGGAAGAGGCCAAGCUCCAAACACAUUUUCUCAACAUGGAGGGGCGGGCAGGACGGUGGUUACUAUGGAAACCCUGAGCUCACCAUCCCAGUCCGAACCACAGGACCCCGAUGAAGAUGAGGAGACGCGGCAGUAUCGUCUGAAGAUUGAGGAGCAGAAGCGUCUGAGGGAGGAGAUCCUCAGAAAGAAGGAGUUGCGGCGGCAGAUGCAAGCAGGAGUCAGAAAGAAGGAGCUUCUGGAAAGACUUAAUUCUCAAACAAACACACCAAAUCAAGGCCCUGCUCCUACACAGACUCAGCCUUUACAAUUUAAUCAGCACAGACCACACCCCAUACAGCCACAGCAACAACUCCAACAGCCGCUACUGCCGCAACCGCCGCCGCUGUCGGAACAAACACGUCCUCAGCUGCAAGCACAGCACCAGAGACCGGCCCCUCAGAGGAUGCCACAGAUGCUAAACUACACACUGAGGCAUCUGAAUCAAGACAAUGCCCUGCCUCCUAGUGGAACCGCUCAGACCCCUGCACCUCGUUCCAAUGUCAAGUCACGCCUGCAGAUGGUUAAAGGCUUCACACAGGAGCAGCAAAGCCCCGGUGUCGCACCUGAACAGCAGUGGAAGGAUCCCCAGCAGCAGCAGCAGAGGAACAAUUCUGUUCAGAUUGUAAACAGACUCAAUGCUCCAGCUGAGGCUGUUCAAGUCGCUCAGAACGCAUCAAGGACUCAAGGCCCAGGUCAGACUCAAGGGCCAAGGCCUGCGGCUAAAAGAACCGUAAUGCAACGAGUCAGCAUUUCUGGAGUGGAAAGCCAGCAGGUGCCACAAAAAGUCAGAGUUGUCAAACUUUCAGGCAUGAGUGGAGCGGGGCCUGAGGCGACCAGCAGCCCAGUGCAGCAGCAGAGUUCCUGGCAAGCAUCUCCGCUCAACCAGAGCGUCCAAAGGAAGGUGACCAUGAUGGGACAGCAGCAGCAGGGACCAGGCGGAGCACCGCAGGCUAGCCGCGGGGGCAGGGGCAAUGCACAGCAAAGCAGGGUUGUCGUUACGGGUCGAGGCCAAGGAAGAGGAGGUGGUCAGAUGGGUCGGGGUCAUCCGGUGUCAGUCCAACAGAACCUGAGAGGAGCAGAAACCCCUCGCUGUACCGUCUCCAUCGAGGGCCUCUCCACGUCUACCAGUGAGAUUCAGCUGAAGAACCUCCUCAAGUCCAUCGGCCCCAUUGAGAUGUUCAAAAUGAUGCCCCAGCAGAGGAAAGCUGUCGCCACAUUCUCCAACCCCCAACAUGCAGCUGAUUUCCAAUCGAGCUUCAAUCGGCACAUGAUUGAUUUGUCCCACAUUGAGGUGUCUCUGAUUGACGGAUGAGGAGGACAGCACACGGGAUCCUUCAACACCUGCACGUUGUCGUCGUCGUCCUAAUGUGGACAAACUAAAAGACAAAGACAGUUCCUCUGAGUGUGCAUGUGUGUAACGAUACAAACCACGUGACUAGCUGGGACAUAACAGACACUGGAUGCUGAUGUGGUUCCUUUUGUUUUCCUUUUCAUCCUAAGUGGACACUUUGAUUAGAGCCUGUCACAGGAUAAUGGUUGCUUCCCUCGGCACCGACUUAUUUAUAAUAGAUCAAAAGGAACACUUGUUCAGAAAUCACUACAGUAGUGUUUAUUUUUAUUAUGGUUUGUAGUUUGGAUGCAGAGUUGUUCCUGCAGAUUCUCCUGUCUCGCUGUAGGUGGCAGUAUUUAAUCACUUUUGGUCCUUUUGUUGCUUUUUUUAAUCCAGUGGCACCACCUAGUGGACAUGUCGGGAACAGUCAGACAGAGCAGUAGGAUUUCACAUAGUUUAGGUAGUUUAUAAAUAUUUUUUUGGUUUAUUUUGGUUAAAAGUUUAAAUAAUGGCUCCUUUUCUGUUGUUCUUAGUAGAAGAUCAGCAGCUCUUUUAACUUUUGACUGGAGCACUCAGAGUAAACCUUCAGGCCGUUUUUAGUUCCUCGUUUGGUUAUGUAAACAUGAACUUUAUGUUUCCAUUUCAUAUGCGAUACAGAUUUAUUUUUUGGUUUGAAGCAAAUUUGGAAAUCAGAUCAUUUUUUUCCUGUAAAUUAUUAUUUUUUAUUAUUUUUGUAUUUUUUGGGUUGGAAUAAUUGAUCCAAUACAGGCUGAUAAGCUGAUGGUAUCACCGUUUAAAUUAUAGUCAUUGGAAAAAGAAAAGUCUUUUUAUAAAUAGAACUUAUGAAGAUAAAUCCUAAACAUGCUGAAAUUCUCUUUUACAUCGCUUUUGAUUUUCCCGCCCUUAUUCUACUCCUGCUUUUGGAAUAUAUCACAGAAAAAUCACCAUUUUGUCUAAUUUAGGCUUAUUUUGUGUUUUCUUUCACCUUUUUCCUCGUUUAGCAAACGUCUGUGUUAGCUUAAAGACACGUUUACCAAAAAUAGUCACAGUGCUGUUUCUUAAUAUAACUGAAAUUUUAAAAAGUGGCCCUAACGUGCGUUCAUUUCACCUUCUCGACGAGGAGGCAACCAUUAUCUGUGGAGCUGGCCGUGUACAUAAGAUCUAGCAGAAUUUCACCCUGUUGACUUGUUUUUGUCUCGUUUGUAUCAAGCUAAACACUUUUUUAUGUAGAGGCUAUGCUGAUGUAUCCAGUCAGAAAUCAUUUUACAACUGUUUCUAUUUGGAGCGGACCAUUUUUCUGUUCAUCAGACAAAAGAAUAGAAGAUUGAACAGAAAAAGGAGGAGAAAAUAAUAAAAUUGUGGCGGAUAUACCAACAA